AUGCAGAAGAGGGAGCUCGGCGGCAAGGGCGGGGGAACCGCCGCCCCCUCGCCGGCGAAGCGCGGGAGGCCGUUCGGGAGCACCGCCGGAGGAGGAGGAGGAGGAGGCGGCGGCGGCGGCAGUGGUGGAGCGGGGAUGUUCUCGUCGGUGACCGGCGACUCCAUGGCCCCCGCGUCCCUCCUAGGUCCCACACUCCAGGUUCCCGUUUCCUUCGCCGGUUAGAUCCCUCGACACCACUCCAUUGCGGCUUUUUUUUUUUUUUUUUCUCUUGAGGUUUACGAUUUUGUGAGGGAAGUCCAGACUGUUGAUUGCCCUAGGUCUCUUUGUCUUCUCAUAACAAUUGUUUCCUUUUUGAAGACCUUAUGCAUGAAGUUCUUCUUGCUCUGUGGUGUCAGGCAGGGUUUUGUCUUCUUACUCGUACUUACUCUCUCUCGUUUUAUAUUUCUAUUCUGACAAGCCUCGAAACUUAGCAGACCGAAGUGAGCCAAUUCUUCUCUCUGGUUGCUCAAACGUGGAAUAGGUCAUGCAGUUUCGUUCUACUAAGGACUUUGGUACCAAUUUAAUGCUAUCGAAUACUGCUCUAACACCAAUCUGCAUCUCUGACUGCGUUCAGAAUCCAGUUUUAAGUGCUGAAUUUUGGAUCAUCAACCUUAAAAAAUAAAAAAUACAAAAAUCUAGUUGAAGAUCGAUUUAGCUUGUCUCAAGAAUGCCUAAGACUCAUUUCCUUGAGAAACACCAGGGAAUGCCUUGAAAAUAGAACGUGCUUUCUAUCGGUCAGUAUAUAUCAAAUCAUGCCUUAGAAAUCAAGGAAAACUGUCUGACUUAGUUUAGAUUAUAAUAAGGAUUUAAAGAUCGAGGCUUUACAAAAAUUAAGGUUUUUAUCAUUAAUAAGACAAGGAACAAAUAGCUGAAACUUUUUGUGGGAAGAGAGGAACACAUGUACAUCCUAUCUCGUGAGAUAACCGAUAACCAUUUCAAAGCAUCAUUUCAGUUAUCUUCGUGUGGUAAUCGAAUCAAAUAUGUGUUCAAGAAAGUGGUUUAUGUGCACACCUUUUGGUUAAAGCAAAUGCACUUCGAAAUCGUUAUAAUUCCCUUCGUGAUUGAAUGGGAAAUUUUAUAGUAUGCUAUCUCUUCAACCAUGUUUCAUUGAAUAAAUGACGGAAUGCUGAAAAAGGGUUUCAUUCAUAGGGUACGAAUAGUUAAAAUAAGGAUUUUUUGGUUGAUGUCUACGAGGAUUAGAGAUCAUAGGUCAAAGGGCUGUUGGCUACAUUAAGGUCCUCUGAGACAAUUUACCAGCUUAAAGGAAGCUGACAGGAGGACUUACUAAUAAUUAGGAUGGCUGUUUUGUGGCAACUCUAAAGGAGGAGAAGUUAAAAAAAUUGACAGUUUGUGAAAAUAUAUGAAGUAUGUAUUUUAGGUAUAAACAUGAUGCAUAUGCCAUGAGUCGAUAGAAUGUUGUGAUGUGGUAUAGAGUGGAGAGAAGCAUGAGAAGCCCAAAAGUAGAGGCCCAGCCAGUUUGUAACUGGGAUGUAAAGAUGAGAACGCUAAAAGAGGGCCCAAACCGUUAUUGGGCCCAGAUAAAGUGCGAAAAGACUGAUUCAGACCUAGUUUGUUGGGCAGAGUCUGUUUUUUUUUUUCUUCUAGUUUCUCUUUUCCAUUUCUGUUGCCUGUUUCCGGAAUAGGCUCAAAGUCUUCUUUGAUUCUGUUACAGAAUUUGUUUGCUUUUGGAGGUGUAAACUGCAUUUUCUUUGAUGGUUUCUUUGUCAUUUCUACAGAUAUGGGAAUCUCAAAAAGAAUAAUAAAAAUCCAUUAGUUCAGGUCAUGCCAAGAUAAUGAAGUUGGCCAUGCUGUUCUCAUUUUUUCACCCUUCUGUAUCUGAAAACCCUACUUUUCUCUUCAAAAUGUCCUGUUAACUUGAGUCCAGAGCAGGUUUUUGUUUUCUAGCCAGUGCCUCAUAUGCCAACUCGUUAUUUCGAGGGACCUUUCAUUCCUCUCUUUGGUUGGCUAGUGGAGAUAUGUUAGUCAUUUACGCUGAAAGGAUGGAUACUUGCAGCAAUCGGAAGUAUAAAAGAGGCUACAAAUCGUAUUUACUGGCAUUUGUAAUCAUCAGGUUCUCACCCCAGUAUUGCUAAUGAAGAGAGGCUAUGGAAUGCGCUGAUUAUUGCCUUUUUUUUUCAUCGUCAACUCAUCUUAUUUUUGGGACAUGCAUUUACCUAAGAAAGUGUUUUUUUCUCUCACGGCUAGUGAAAGUCUCAUCCUGAAUGUUGAAGACUUCAGAAAAUAUGGGGAGUGAAGAUGUUUCCAUAAAAAUAAGACUUGUGAUGCUAAAUGAGAGUGAGGUCGUAGUGCUGCUGGACGAAUAUAUGUUUCUGGAAGGGGAAAAUUGGGCGUACAAAUGGGAAAAUGAAAACUUAAAAAAAUUUGAUGAUCUAAAAUAUGGGAGUUGGUUAAUGUAUGAAAACGUUGUUAUGACUUGGAUUAGUAACUGUGGUUGCAGAAAAUAUUUAACAUUGAGGAAGACAACAGGAAGAGCGAUGUGGAUGUUACCUGAAGAGGUGUCUGGGCUGAAGCUGGAUGCAGUCUACAUGUACCAGUGAGGGAGCAAGGGGAAAGGGCGUGAAAAUGAAGACUGAUAUUUUUGCAGAGCUUGGAAAAGGAGAGUUUUUAAUCUUUGUAAACACUGUUUAGGGUUGAGGUGAGCUGUCUAAGGAAAUAAGGGCGGGAUGAUCUUUAGUCACUGUAGAAGAUAAAAUCAUCAUGAUGUUCGUCAUGAUAUCCAUCCUUAUGAGCUCCCAUAGGAUGCAUCCAGUCUACUGGUACUGCAUCCUAUGGGAGCUCCAGCAAGCUCCACGAAGACUAGUAUACAGGGACUUUCAUCUGAGGACAUUGCUGCCUACAGAAGAUGUUGUCGCAGCAUGAAACCUGUACUUGUCUACAUUUCUGUAUAGUCAGCCAAAUACUUCAAGACAAGUAUUGAGUGGUACAUCUCAUCCAAGUUCUACCACUUUGGUUGUUGAUUCGUGUCACUAAUUGCAUGACAGCCACCUCCAAGUACAUCUCAUCCAAGUACUAUUUUUAAGAUACUCACUUGAGUAUUUAAGGUUAGAUUUAUGUUGUUUGAGCAGACUUUGAAGAUGAGAUAAAGUCUGCUACGGCUUAUUCUGCCUUCUUUCGGAGUAGUUUGUAGUACAUCUGAGUGAAAAACUGGUAGUAUUUGCUCAUAAGAUAUCUAUUGUUGAAGGAGAGUGUAGAUCCAUGUGACAUUAGCUGUAUGAUCGUGCCAGGGGGGUUUUUCUGUGAACUUAUUGUGUAUUUUCUUGCAUGUUAGCAUGACAUUUUGUCCUUUACGGAUACCCUAAGUGGAUCGUGUAACAUGAUUAUAUGGUUUUUCUAUCGCACAUGCUGUAUACAUACAUUAUAAAGGGGCUUGGGAACAACGCAGAAUGAUUAGUCUCAAGCCCAACGUGGCCUUCUCUUCAUGAUUGUUCUUGUUCCUCCUUCCUGUUCUCUUUGUUUUUUUUUUAAAUGAUAACAAUUGGAGUCUUGGAAGAACUUUUUCGCAGUUGUAGGAGGGACUUCCUUUAUUCAGACAAUCUGAUACGCUAAUGAGUAUUUUUCUUUAGACUUCAGAAUUAGUCAUUUUCAGUUGUUUGUAGUUUUGGGUGUAGUUGAAAAAUCUUUAUGACUAAGAAAUAUUCUGGAAUGCUCAUAUUCAACUCUUGUUUAGAAGUAUAACCAUUACAGCAUGGCACAAUGUUUCUGUUAACAUUCCAAGUGAACUGUAAUAUCUUAUUUUUGGGUUUGGAAUAAUUGGUUAUGCUUCCUUGACAUUCAUUAUCGAAUCAAGGUUGUUUGUGCUGUCGUCUACCGUUUGUGCUAUGUUUGCCAACCAAGUGACCUACUCCCGAUAGAAACGGCUAUACGCAUUAACUGAUAAUUGUUUGUGCCAGUCAUUUCACUAGUUUAUAGCGACCUGUUUACAAGUCCCAUUUUAAUUUCAACAGUUAUAUAUCUUUACAAUGCCCUAAUCAAUUCAUCUUUGUGUUAUCAUAUUCGUUUCCAGAUCAAAACAACAAAAGAAUUGUCCUGGCUCUGCAGAGCGGAUUAAAGAGUGAAUUGACAUGGGCGCUGAACAUCCUUACAUUGCUAUCCUUUAAAGAGAAGGAUGACAUGAGAAGAGAUGCAAUGCCACUAGCUAAGAUACCUGGCUUACUUGAUGCCAUCCUUCAAAUCGUACGAACUUCUUCUGGAACUAAGCCGUCAUUUUUUUUUGUCAGUGUUUCAUUUCCAUUAUUUAGUUUAUCUCAUUUGUAAAUGGAUUCUUUCGUUUCUUUCCAUUACCAUGUCAAUAUUUAUUCAGGUCUAGUCUUUUAUCUAUGUACCAAUUAUUUUUGCCACGCUAUUAGAGAUCUUUUUAACCAACUUUUCUCUCCCUCUUUUAAUGGAUUAUUUGGACAGUUGCACGCUCCUUUAUCCUUUCUUUCUCCCUAUCUUGAUAUAUGCACUUGGUAUAUGUAUACUUGGUAUAGGUAUAAUUGGUAUGCGUAUUUACUAAGUCGAUUGUCAUUCGUUCAUAAAAUCUAUGCGUCAGGAUAUACUUCUGUAAGCCACAUUUAUAAAUGUACACGUACGGGUAUAAUAUGUUGUGUAUGCCGUAAAAUUGUAUAUAUUGCACGUUUAACACAUUCUUUGAUCUAAAAUUCAUCUUCUUUGUGGUUAAUCUGAUGAUUGGAAGACAUCAUAAAAAAUUUUGCCUUCUGUCGUGAAAAUAAUAACAUUUGCCUCCAAGACCUUACCUUAUAAGAAACCUAUAGGGAUUAAUUGAGAUCGAUUCUAAUUGGGCAGGAUCAGGGAAUAACGUUCGACCCCUUUCCCCAAAUGAAACAAGAAAAUGACAGAAUUCUGGGCAUCGCAACUCUGUAAAAUAUUCUCCCUUGCUUCCCAAUUAGUUGAAAAAGUCUUAAUGGUAUGUCCUUUAUUUAUCUAGGGAAUAACGUUCGACCCCUUUCCCCAAAUGAAACAAGAAAAUGACAGAAUUCUGGGCAUCGCAACUCUGUAAAUUAUUUUCCCUUGCUUCCCAAUUAGUUGAAAAAGUCUUCUAUGUUGUUUAUCAUUUUUCGGAACUUCUCUCAUUACUUAAUUUCCUUAGUGUAAUACCUAAAUACCCAUUAAGAGGUAAUUACUCUGUAAUACAUAAGUCCUUUUACAGAAAUGAUUCGCAUGGUUUUAUGUUAAAACAUUACUAGGAUGAUAGCAGGCGGCCACAUCAUUGAAUCCCAAAUUUCUGGCUUGUGAUCUAUUAUCGGAGCAUUUGGCGCAUAACUGUUUCUUGUUGAUCUUUCAGGUCGAUGACUGGCGUGACAUUGCACUUCCGAAAGAUUACACAAAGCCCUCAAGGGUAAGAGUGUUGGGGGAGAACUGCAUGGUUACGGGUUUUGGUAAUGACUAUGAAAGGCCUAAUCCAAAUGAUUCCGAGUCCCAUCCUGGGUAAUCAAAUGCUUUCUUUUCUAAAUCUUUGGCUUGCCAACCCUAUUGGGUACACUGCUAUCCGAAUUGAAGCUAAAAAUGAUGAUCUGUAAAGCAGAAAUGGCACUGGUUUUUCUAAUGGAGAGCACCGUAGCGCAAAGGGACCUAAACGCCGUUAUUCUGAGUUUUGGUUCGAGGAAGAUGGCCUGUUUAAUUUGGAUGAUGAAGGUCGAGCAGAAAAGCAGCAAUGUGCCAUUGCUGCAUCCAAUAUUAUCCGCAAUUUUUCUUUCAUGCCCGAGAAUGAAGUCAUUAUGGCCCAGCAUAGGCAUUGCAUGGAGACACUAUUCCAAUGCGUAGAAGACCAAAAUACAGGUGACGACCACAUCAUCACUUGGCGUUACUACUUAUAGACAUCCUUUCUCACCCCAGUGAAUUUUUCUCUUUAAUUUCUAUUAUUAUGCUUGCCAGAAAAAAGCAAGGGAGAACGAUUCUGCUACGUGUACAUAAAUGAUUUGGUUUGCAUCAUUUUGCAUAACAGUGAAGGUGAGAAGCAUUUAAAAGCGCAUGAAAACCUUGACCAAAACCUAAUGUUUGUUAACUAGGAAUUUGAAUCAAUUGAAUAGUAUUGUUUAAUCUAAUACAUGGUGUCUAUACUUCUUAAAUUCUCCAGCUUCGGAACUUAAAAUGGUGUGUUAGCUUGAUUGAUCUGUCCCAUGUUGCCUGCAUCAUGGUGUUAGAUUAAACAAGAUCAUGUAUUAGAUUAAACAAUACCAUGUAUCUUCUCCAGCUUGAUAUUUUCUUCUCCAAGGCGACUAGUAUGACAUGAGUUCAGUGGAAGCAUGCAUCGAGCUCUGACAUGGGUCUUUCUUUCCACAUGGUUUAUUAUAUAUAUUCAUAGAAAUAAUUUGAUCUGAAUUUUAGUCUGCUUAUUGAAUGGACCAAAUGGUUAUUAUCUCAUGGAGAGAAAUACUUGUUCAGAUUUCCUGAUAUCGCGUAAAUUAAUUAAUAAGACUAUUGAAAAAAGGGUUUCUGAUCUGCCUUCUUUAUUCCUUCUGGUGCAGAAGACGAAGAGUUGAUAACCAACGCACUUGAGACAAUCGUUAAUCUGUCUCCGCUGCUGGAUCUUCGAAUAUUCAGCUCAUCUAAGCCGUCUUUUAUCAAAAUGACGUGAGUACAUGUGCGUUGGAGCCGUGCAUUUCUUUGUUCUUCAUCUGUUCUUCUGGUGAUUUUUUUUGUCUGGGAUGCUUUGUGCCAGCGAAAAACGCGCAGUACAGGCCAUCAUGGUGAUGCUCAGAUCUUCUAUCAAGGCUUGGCACUGCGCAUCUGCUGAAUUACUUGGAAGGCUUAUAAUAAACCCUGACAAUGAGCCGUUCCUCCUCUCUUCUGCCCCACAGGUUAAAUGACUCUCUCUCUCUCUCUCUCUCUCUCUCUCUCUCUCUAGAACAAUGUAAAGUCAACUCUUGUUAUGCGUCUAAGUUUUUCAUAUCCUCAUUACAGAUAUACAAAAGGUUGGUUGAUCUUCUGAGCUUUCAAACGGUAGACGCGCAAGCCGCUGCUGUCGGGGCGCUCUACAACCUUGCAGAAGUCAACGUCGACUGCCGGCUCAAGCUCGCGAGUGAGAGAUGGUAAACAACAAAACAGUAGAAGAUCACACAUGGCUCUUGCUCUGGGGUCUUAUAAACCCUCUCCACAAGAGCACCCUACUAACUAACUACUCUUCUUUCCGUCCCGCCGCCGACAGGGCCAUUGACAGACUCUUGAAGGUGAUCAAGGCCCCACAUCCGGUGCCAGAGGUCUGCAGAAAGGCGGCCAUGGUUUUGGAGACUCUGGUCUCCGAACCUCAGAACCGGGCUGUGCUUCUUGCCUAUGAGAACGCGUUUGCAGAAAUCCUUCUCACCGACCCUCGAUAUUCGGACACGUUCGCGCGGAUUUUGUACGAGCUGACUUCAAGGCCAAGUAAAAUAUCGGCGGCUCGUGGUGUUUGGGGUAUGUGA